AACGUGUCGUUCCAGGGAUGUGGUAUGGAUUCUCUGCGUAAAGGUUGUGAACACAGACACCAUCAGUCAGGUGAAGGAGAAGAUUCUAGAGGCCUUCUAUAAGAACCUGCCUUUCUCCCAUCCCAGAGGGGGCGUCAUUCGCCAUGAGCAUGAAAGACAAGAGAGACAACACCCUGGGGAGAGCCAAAGACUUGGACACAGAGAAAUAUGUCCAUUUGGUCUUGCCUCAUGAUGAGCCGUUUGAGAAUAAGAAGUCCCACAGACAGAGUCAUCGUAAGAAGGUCCUCCCUGAGAUCUACCUAACCCGCCUCCUCUCCACCAAGGGAACACUGCAGAAGUUCCUAGAUGACUUGUUCCAGGCCAUCCUCAGUAUUCCUGCAGAGCGUCCGCCGCUGGCAAUCAAAUACUUCUUUGACUUCCUGGAGGAGCAGGCGGACAAGAGGGGCAUCACCGACCCCGACACCCUGCACAUCUGGAAGACCAACUGUUUACCUCUGCGUUUCUGGGUGAACAUCCUGAAGAACCCUCAGUUUGUGUUUGACAUUGAAAAGACGGACCACAUGGACGCCUGUCUGUCUGUCAUUGCCCAGGCCUUCAUAGAUGCCUGCUCCGUUUCAGACCUGCAGCUGGGCAAGGACUCUCCCACUAACAAGCUGCUGUAUGCCAAGGAGAUCCCAGAAUACAAGAAGAGGGUACAGUGCUAUUACAAACAGAUCCAUGAGAUGGCGCCACUGAGUGAGCAGGAGAUGAACGCCCACUUGGCCGAGGAGUCACGGAAAUACAGAAAUGAGUUCAACACCAACCUGGCCUUGACGGAGAUCUACAAAUACGCCAAGAAAUACAGGACCCAGGUGGUGAGUGCUCUGGAGUCCAACCCCACAGCGAAGCGUACUCAGCUGCACCACAAGUUUGAGCAGGUCAUUGCUCUGGUGGAGGACAACAUCUAUGAGUGCAGCAGUGAGGCCUGAGUCUCCCUCCACCCAGCCUCCACCCCAGACCAUUUCCCCAGGCUGCCUCCAUCCUAGCUGGGGUACAGGAUCUAGAAAACCCCAUGUCUAUCUACCCUCCAAAUAUCCCUUCUGUCUAUAGAGUUUAUAGAGCCCAAAGACAAGAAGGAACUCUUUGCUUUAAGAAAUAUUUUGCUUUAAGACUGGAAGAGAUGGCAGCUUGAGCUUUACUGUAACACCUCAACCCAAGACUGCCUCAGAAACCUGAUUGGGAGCACUGUACCAUGGAUUAAGAAAUGUCCUAAGAAACGUACCUUGGACUAAGCAUAUGUUGAGAUACUGAGGAAUUGAAACCCACGUAUUUUAUAUCAAGUGCAGAAUCUCUGGAUUAUGUCUUUGUCUGGGUGACUGUGUUGACUCUUCUACUCACACUUGGAUAUCAACCCAAUCUGGUAUCUUGCAUGUUCACACCUGGCUUGGAUCUCACUCUGGUUUCACACUGCUUUGAUCUGAAGCAUAGUGGAGUUAGAGAUGGAGGCACUGGGAGAUGGGCCUUAUUCUGGAUGUUGCCACAGCCUCUGGGACCUGGAGCCCCGGCGACCAUCUUACGCACUGAACCCCCUUCUGUUGGAGGAUGAGCCAAUGAUGCACUGUACUGUAUUGUAAAUGUCCAUAGCAAUAUUUAUAGAUCUGUUCUAAUGUUUUCUGAGUGGCCUGUUCAACGAUAUGUGAAUGAGAAACUCUUCCCAUCUUCUUACAACCUGCACUGUUCUCAGGUUUGAUUGGUAGAAAUGGCAAAGAACUCCAACGGUGCUUUGAACUACAAGUCCCAAUGUGCUUUGCAAGUUGGUGAUGGGUUCCAGAGGAGUAGAGUAGUAUUGAGAGGAUUUAUUAGCUAAUGUUUCAUGUGCCACAGACCUGUUUGCAAAGAGACUGGACUCUGUUGGAUCAGAUAGAGUGUAGUUCAAUGGGAAGAAUUACAUGUGAUGUGUUUAUGUGAAGGCAGGUUGUUCUGUUUUGUGACUGAGAAUGAAGGUAGAUUAUGACCAAGAGGGACAUUUAGAGUAAAACUAUGACCUUCAGUUAAUCAAAGAGGGACAACUGUCUGACAUGACCGUACUUGUGAUGCCAAAAUGACAAUUGUCAGAGUUUGUGAAAAUAAAUGCUACUACAGAGCUAUAAUACGGUA